ACGGCGGUUACCGCGGGCCGCGCUCACAGACCGAUCGCUGCCAUAGUCCUGCCGCCAUGGAGCCGCCCUCGCUGCCGCAGCUGGAGUCUCUCAAAUACAACGAGCUACAGCAGGUGGCCAAGGCUGCCGGCCUCCGGGCCAACCUGAAGGCAGACAAAUUGCUGAAAACUCUGAAGCAGCACUUUCAUGAGCCAAAACAAGAAAAUGGAAGUAAGGACUUUGGAAGGAGCGCGUCCUCCUCCACAGACACAGAGCAGCUCAGCAGUCCAGAGCAGGUCAAACCUAUUCCAGUGUCCUUUGUCACAAAAAGGCGUGGGAAAGGGAGGAAGGUAGCAACUGCAAAGAUGGCCUCCAAGGAGGAAAUAAAUACUAAUGAAGAAGACAUGGCGCUUCCUGUUGAGAAAGAGAAUUAUUCAGAUACGACAGAAAAAGUACCCCAGGAUGGACACAGCAAGAGACUGAAAAGACGCCAAAAUGAAGAACCUGUAGCUAAGAACAAAGCUCCUGUGAACCCAGCGAUGCAUCCCAUGCAGAGCCAGCAAAGGGAGAAGAUCGUUUCUGCUAAACGAAAUGGAGCUGAAAUUUUAACAGACUUGUUUGAUUUGAUUGUACCAGAUGACACUCUCCCAGCCCAUCCUCCAGCUGGGAAGAUCCCUCGAUAUGUAAACCGUCUGUCUAAAACCGGAAGAACAGGAGUGAAACCCAUUACACCAAAUUUCAAGAAGCUGCAUGAGGCUCACUUCGAGAAAAUGGAGUCUAUUGAUGCCUACAUUGAGAGAAAAAAUAAACUGAUUGAAAACUUCAGCAAUUCUAUCAAUGAGGUCAAGAUGUUGGCUAAAAAAACUAACCACCCAAAAGCAUGUGAGAAAGGAACUCCGCACAGCAAUUCUAAGAAACGCUCCGGUGGCAGAGUGUUUUUAUUCAGCCCACAUCCCCAAAGAGGAAGGUUCUCUGCCAGCUGUACUCCAGGCAACUUGCGACGCUCCCCACGCAUCUCUGUAGGCACCGCAAAUCGGAGUAUUUUAUCUCAGAAAUCUUCAUUCAAUCCCUCCCUUCUCUCAACAACCAAAAUGAAUGUCAGAUUCUCAGAAGCUACAAAAGAUAAUGAACACAAGCGCUCCCUUACCAAGACUCCAUCUAGAAAGUCACCAUUCUUGGAGAUUUGCACACCUGAUAGUCAUAAAAGUGGCAAACCCACAAUUAGAAAGAGCACUAAUGGAAAUGGAACAAACCAUGAGCUGACUGCAUCAAAGACCAACCCUAAUGCUGUUACACCAUUCAAAUUUGCAGCUCAGACUGCAGAACCCACAAGUACCAAGAAGCCAACAUUUGAUCUGAAAGCAAGUCUGUCAAGGCCACUUGGAUAUCAGCCACACAAAGGAAGACUGAAACCUUGGGGUGACUCAAAAGAAAACACUGUCCUGAAUAAAUCUAUGAAUAGCAGUGUCUCUUCACACACAAAAGAUUACAAACAGCCACAUCUCCAGACCAGAGAAGGGAGGCGUGAGAAGCAUUUGCUGGAGAGAAAGCAGAAAAAGGCUCAGCUGCUUGGAACUCGCAGAGGACUAUCCAUGGCUUGAGGAAUUAAGUAACUUCUUAAGGACUCACUGUAAAUACUGUUCUCAGGAAAAAUCUUUCCUACCUUUGUAAAUAUUUCUGUUUAUAUGUGUGCAUUAAAGGAUGAGUCAGGUCA